CCGCUCACUUCAUCGUUGUCUAACCAGUAACCACCAUCCGCUAGCUAGAUUAGCAUCAGUCUGGAUGAGAAGCUAACCUGCAGAGACACAUACAUAUCUGUUCACUCUCUUUGGUUAUGUAUUACGCUUGAAUUGACUAAAGUUACCAGUCGUCCAAGUGACUAAAUCGAAGAUGCAGUUCAUGCUGUUGUUCAGCCGGCAGGGAAAGCUGCGCUUACAGAAAUGGUAUGUGCCUCUGUCUGACAAGGAGAGGAAGAAGAUCUCCAGAGACCUGGUCCAGACCAUACUGGCCAGGAAGCCCAAGAUGUGCAGCUUCUUGGAGUGGCGGGACCUCAAGAUUGUGUACAAGAGGUAUGCAAGCCUGUAUUUCUGCUGUGCAGUCGAGGAUCAGGAUAACGAGCUGAUCACCCUGGAGAUCAUCCAUAGAUACGUGGAGCUGCUGGACAAAUAUUUUGGCAGCGUGUGCGAGUUGGAUAUUAUCUUCAACUUUGAGAAGGCCUACUUUAUCCUGGAUGAGUUCCUGCUGGGCGGAGAGGCUCAGGAGACGUCCAAGAAGAAUGUGCUGAAGGCCAUCGAGCAGGCUGACCUGCUGCAGGAGGAGGCCGAAGCACCACGGAGUGUUUUGGAAGAAAUUGGGCUGACAUAAAUCAUCUUGCUGCAGUUCCUUCUUCCAAAUGCAGAUUUGGCAACUUCAUGUCUCUAUCCUGUCUUCUCUUGUUCCCUGUGUCAGUGUUGUGUGUGUGUGUGUGUGUGUGUGUGUAUAAUCACCAUCUAUGUACUGUAUUAAUGUCAUGUACUAUCCAGUAAUGUCCUUUAAAUGUGGUGCCAACUGUGGUUUUAAUGUGUCUCCUAUGUACAAUCUCCCUCCCUGUAUUCUGCAGUGCUAUUAGCAUACAUCACACCCCUAACUUCUUAAAACUCCAGAGUACAAUGUAGCGAUGACAUAAAAACUUCAGCAUCAUAUUAAUAUCAUCUAUCAUCACAGAUUGCAGAGUUGUGUGUGCUGUUUGGCUUAAAGGACUUUUAAAGGUGCUACUGUUGCCACAGGCGAUGCUUCUCAUGUGUUACCCUCACAUUCGAGUCACAGAGCAUCCAAAUUCAUACAAAAUAAAUACUCUGCGAUCUGUGAAAAACCCAGAGGGUCGUUAAAUAAAACUUAUUCGAAACUAAUAUUCUGCUGCAAAUUAAAAAAGGUUUUUAACUUGUUUCUCAAGAGCAAAAAGUAAAUGUAUUAUUUUAGUUUGAUAUUAAAUAAUGCAAAGAACCAUCAAUAUUGCAGUAUAACUAACAAUAAAUGUUUUAAGUUUGGUUUGUGUACAAAUGUAACGACAUUUGUCAUUUAAAUUAGCAUUUUUUUAUUUGAAAAGAGGCUUAAUUUAGGAAAUGGGUUUAAAAAAAAAAAAGUUUUAUCAUGCAGUGGACGGAUUUUUUCUUUUUUAUCCAGAUGGUUAGAGUCUUUGAGGACUCUAGAAAUACCUUCAGAGAAGCAGUAAGUAAAGACCUGGGUUUUUCUUAAAUAUCAUUAGGUAUUUAUUUUUCUAGAGAUCAGAUGCUCAGCUCUGAUUCAGAUGUAAUGGUAAUACAUGAGGCACUAAAGGGGGCGAGUGCUGUUGUGGGAAUCACUGACACUUACAAUCACACGGGUCAAUUCAACCCACCAAUUAAGUGAAAUUAAACAAUUACCCAUUAUCAACAUCAGUGUAUAUGUUAUGUAGAGGUUUGUACAAGUUUGUGUUUGGUGAUUCGCCUUCAGAAAUUAACCGUUUCUUAUUUCUUUUUCAAGCUGUUUUUUUGUCUCGUCUUAUUUUUCUGAAAAUUUAUUCUUUUCCUGACAAAAACCUUUGUUUAACAUUGAAGUUCAGAAUGGCCUCUGGAGAUAAAUCUUAGUUCUGUCUCUCCCUUAGUCUUAGGUCAGGAAAGGAUAGUGGCCCAAAUAAGAGAAAUGCUAUUUUAUGUAUACUUUGGCUUAAAGACUAACAUAUGACCAAAGAACACUGUGUUUAAUCUUCUUGAUGGCGUCUAUGGAAAGCUAACAAUGCAGAAAAGGGAUUUAGCAUUGCAAGAUGUUUGACAAAACAUGUAUGUGGGGGCUUAUUUGGCCACAAUAUACCAGUAUUAUGUAAUUAUUCCAAUGCGUUUAGGGACAGGUCUACGCAGAGUUUCUUUAUGGAUUCGGAACGUAAGAAGAUGAACUGCACAUAUCAGGGUACAUCGUUAAUAUUCAUCACUGUCAGCUUGUUCACGUGUCAGGAGGAUGCAGGAAAACAAGCCAACAAGUAAUGAAUAAAUGCUCAUCCAAACUUUGUAUCUGCAUUCUUAAAACCACAAAGUGUUUUUGUUGAAUAUUCAUACGGAAUUACAUAAAGUUCAUCUUUGAAUUGUGCAAAAAUAAAUCACUUUUUGUAUCAAA